CAAAGGAGCAGAAGUUGGCAAAGUCACGAAAUUUGCUGCUCUCCGAUUGGACGAGCCUGAAAUGAACUCGUUUACCCGCCAUUUUGAAUACGACCUACGACAGGAGCUCAGAAUCACCAUGUCGGAUUCGGAAGGCACUCCGCACGAAAACAACGUCAAAGACCACGCCGAGGAGAACGAUGCGGGGUCAACGGAGGCCGUGAAGCCCGCCGCCAAGAAGGGGGUGGGCCGCGCCAAGGAGUCCAAGGCCAAGGAGGAGAAGAAGCCGGAGACGGACGAGGGCAGCGAGGAAGGGGACAGCGGGGACGACGAGGAACCCAAACUGGGUCUCCUGGACCAGCCCCUGGAGCUGUCCGGGUCCAGGCAGCGCAAGAAGGUGGAACGUCUGGAGGUGAGCUUCCAGCAGCCGGCCAAGGAGAAGACGGAGGUGCCCCAGGGCAAAGGCACUCCCCUUGGACAGUGCCCACGUAUCGAAAACGAGAUCAACAAGCACAAGGCUGACAGCCUCAAGGGCCUUCACAAGAUUCUUUUCAACAGGGCAGGAGCGCCGAUGGAGAUUAAGAAGAACUUGAAAAAGUUUAGCGGCUUCACCUUCGACAAAGACUCGGCAGACUACGACAAGAAGAAGAAAGCGCUUAUCAAGGUGACGGUCAAGGGCCAGAAGGAGAUCUGCGGGCUGCUGGACCUGGAGAAGGGGGGCACGGUGGAGGAGCGGGCGGAGCGCAUCCUGCUCUUCCUGCUCUGCCCGGAGGACAACAAGAAACCCCUGCCCGGCAGCGCCAAGAAGAGGAAGGCAGCGGCUUCGGGCGAGAAGAGGCCCGCAAGAAGCAAGAGAACGGCGGCUGCCAAGGCUUCCAAGAAGGUGAAGGAGAUGGGCAGUGACGGGGAGGAGGACGAGGAGGAGGAGCCCGAGGAAGAGGGUGAGGAGGAGAAUGAGGAAGAGGAGGAGCCGGAAGAUGUUCCACCUCCCAAGAAGACCAAGAAGGAGGCGCCCACACCCAAGGCCACGCCUUCGCGGAAGCGCUCCGCCGCCCCUGCCAAGGCUGAGAAGGCCUCAGAUGCGGAAGAGGAGGAGGGGAGCGCGGUGGAGGAGGAGGAUGCCGAGGAGGAAGAAGAGCAGGACAGCGACUAUGAGGCCUCCAAGAAGAAGAAGAAGCGUGCCCCUCCGAAGAAGAAAGCGGCUGCUCCAGCCAAGGCCAAGAAGGCGCCCGCUAAGAAGGCCCCCAAGAAGGCCGCCGCAAAGAAGUCCAAGACAGAAGUGAGUGACUCUGGCGAAGGUGAAGAAGACGACGAUGACGCCGCCGCCGCCUCGGACAAGGAGCAGAACAACAACGUCGGUGGAGAUGCCGAGGCUGCGGAGAACCACGCGGGCAAGGAUGCAGCGGAGGAGGACGAGGAGGAGGAGGAGCAGCCCAAGGAGGAGGAGAAGAAGAAGUCCGAGCCCAAGAAGAAGAAGGCGGAGCCCAAGAAGAAGAAAGCGGAGUCCGAGGAGGAGAACGAGGACGAGGACAAGGAGGAAGAUAAGAAGCCCAAGACCAAGCGUCCCACGGACGGCAAGGCUCCGCCCACGGAAGAUGACAUUAAGGAUUUGAUCAAGAAGAUUCUGGAGGGUGCAGACCUCGAAGAGAUCACGAUGAAGAAGGUCAUCAACGCGGUGUUCGAGGAGUACCCGGGCCACGACCUUUCGGAUAAGAAAGAGUACAUUAAGACGACGGUUAGAUCGCUGAUUUCGUGAUUUGUUCGCCGCACCGGUCUCAAGUACGAGGAACCUAUGUGUCAGGUUUUUUGUUUUUCUUCUCGACUGUGUACGUUGUUUUUACGGUUGGCCUUUCUUCGUGCUUGUGUCAGUCUACGCACACCCAUUUCUUCCACCCCAGAGCCCUCCCCCACUGUGUCGCCUCUUUUUAAAAGAAAAAAAAAAUACCGCUAGGGCAGAUUUUAGAAGCACUUUUUUUUCGGCAACAACCAGCGUCUUCGGCAAGUCGUCCACAGAGUCUUCAUCCACGACCGUUUCGUCGCAGAGGGCCAGAGUUUUUUUGUGAGUGGUGGCGGCAGCAACGACCUUGAACGCACAGUCGAAGGUCGUUUGUGUGCGAGAAAAACACCUUCAUGUUGACAACUAGAAGUUAAAAAUGAAAAAGGUGCAAGCAAGCCAGAACCUAGUUCCUGGAUUUUUUUUUUUUUUCCAUUUCGAUUAUUCGCAAUCUUGUCGUUUGUUUUUAUUGGUGUACAGUGCUGAGAGGCUGUUAGUAUGAACGUGGGGUUUGUUUGUGCAUGCGUUUAUGCAAAGGAGACGCUAGCUGAAGCCACACGUUUGUGCCAGCAGAUUCGGUGGUUGUUGUACACAGUGUGACGAGCGUAGAUUUUUUAAUAGCCUAGUUGCGAACGUUCCGUUUAUUUGCGGUGUCCAAUGUGUGCCAUCCUGGAUACCUGUAGAACAAUCAUUAUUUGAGAAGGUUUUCGCACCUGUCGCUUGCUCCGCCCGUUUACGGUGUGCCGCGGUACUGUGAGGUUGAAGAGAAGUGCAUUUCUCUCGUUUCUUCAAGACGUUUCGGACUCUGUUUUUUUCUUUGCCUUGUCGGAAGCAGUUGAAUUGUUGGUUGACGGUUGAUGAAACGACUGUGAAUUUUAAGACACAAAAUGAAAAUAGUUAUUUUUUCUUUUGCGGUGGGACAAAGGAUUUGGCCGUAAGUGGACUCGUUUCGUUUUAUCUAUAAAAUCAUACUUUUAACUGAGGUUUCUUUUUUUUUUUGGUCGUGCAGGUUUUUUAAAAUGUGGAACAGUUCUUUUCUCAAAUUUGGCAGCCCUAGCCAAGUUUUUAAACAAGUGUAGCGUAGGUUUGAGCUUGCGCGACGGCGUCAACAUUGAACGAUUAGCAUUGUUAAGACUGCAGCACUGGUUUCAAGGUGUUUUUUUAGGAAGCUAAGGAAAUAAUUUUUGAAGAAAUGUUUUUCCCUGCUUGUUUUUUUUUUUUUUUUUUUUUUUCGCCCUCAAACACGCAAUGCCAUCUUGUGGAACACCGAAGAAGUGGUUUUGAGACAGUUGUUUUGAUUGCAUUGUACAUAAACCAUUUUUCAUUGUUAGCAUGCUGUUUACAUGCAGCAGCAGAGCACUUGUAGACCCUUGUUCUUAAUUAUUUUUUAUCGAUCAGUGUGUACUUUUUCUGUAAUGUGAAAGCUUCAGUGGUUUGACUGACCUAUGUUUCGAGUGUAUCGGCUCCACAAGCGGUUCCUGGCAUAAAAAUAAUAAAAAAGUUCUUUUUUUUUUUUAA